UCACCACACCACAACAUAAACCUUAUACACACUAUACAACAAGUCCAAAAUGGUGUCAGUAUUGUCUGUGUUCGUGGCUCUAGCCAUUAUUUCCAUUAAUUUAAAGACCUGUCAAGCCACAUAUAAUGUCACUUUGAAUGAGAAAUCCAUUUCUGAUUACUACCAGAAAUGGAUGAUUCAGUUCUCUAAAGUUUACAAGGAUAACUUCGAGAAAGAGAUGAGGUACAAAGUGUUCAAGAAAAACUUGAUAUUUAUCGAGAACUUCAAUAAUAUGGGGAAUCAAAGCUAUAAACUUGGUGUCAACGAGUUUACCGAUAUGACCAAAGAAGAGUUUCUUGCCACCUACACCGGUCGUCUCCGGGGCAUAAACGUUACUUCACUACCCAAAGUGGUUGAUCAAUCGAUGUCAUCUAGGAAAUUGAACUUUAGUGAACUUUUUUAUGUCAAAGACUGGAGAAUCGAAGGAGCUGUAACGCCUGUCAAAAAUCAAGGAUCAUGUGGAAGUUGUUGGGCGUUCUCAUCUGUAGCAGCAGUGGAGGGUUUAACAAAAAUUUCUGGCAAUAACCUCGUAUCACUGUCGGAACAACAACUUGUAGAUUGCACAAAUGGUUGUAACGCGGGAAGUACUGGUGAAGCUUUCGCCUACAUUAUAAAAAACGGGGGUAUAUCUUCAGAUUCAGAAUACCCAUACCAAGGAAAAUCAGGGCAGUGUCGUUCCGACGCCAGACCCGCCAUAAGGAUAAAAGGGUACGAAAAUGUCCCAAGCAACAACGAGUAUGCGUUGCUCGAUUCUGUAUUGAGACAGCCCAUCUCGGUGGACAUUGAUUCGAGUACGGACAGUUUUAUGCAUUACAAAGAGGGAGUGUUCGAUGUGCUGGACUGUGGGAUCGACGUGAAUCAUGCAGUUGUGCUCGUUGGGUAUGGGGUGACGGAUGAUGGGAUCAUGUACUGGUUGGCUAAAAACUCUUGGGGUGAGAAUUGGGGUGAACAAGGUUACAUGAGGAUCCGUAGAAUGGUGGAGUGGCCUGAAGGAAUGUGUGGUUUGGCUCAGUAUGCUAAUUAUCCGGUAGUUUGAUGAUUACUAUUGAAGUGAUCAUACAUUAUUAUCCUGGUUAUGGAUUGUUGACAUGUGGUCUAAAUCUACAUCGUAACUUAAGCGUGACCUUUAAAUAUUAUGCUUGUAAUGCAAGACAUCUUAUGCUUGUUCUAUAUAAUCAUAAUGUAUUGCCUCGGUUCUGAAUAAAAUAAUAUCGUAUUAUUAUCAAUACAAAUUCUGAAAAGAAAUUCCAAGUUUUACAUCUAUUGAUAAUAAUAUGAUAUUAUUUUAAUGCUUUGUUUUCGGUCUUUUAUGUCUUGUUUAUAGCACAUUCUUUUUUUGAAUCUCUACAAUUUGUAAUCCUAUAAAUAAGGCCUAAGAACCACGAAAUAAGAGAAUUAUUUUUUUCCCUCUUUAUGAGUUUAUCUCUUUGUUCAUUGUAGAACACUUUUUGUUUCUUGGUGAGAUUAUCUCCGAGUAAGCAUUCUCUAUUUCGUUGGACUUGUGAGUCAUAUCAAGCAACGUUUAAAAACCUUUCUUUUGUUGGAUUUGUGCAUCAUACAAGCAACAACUGAAGUUUGGUAGUAUCAAAAGACUUUUUCGCCCCUCUUGUGUCACCAUUCAAUCCACCAGAUCUCCCUUUUGGCGAGUUCAUAUCCCUUAGUCCGGCUGAGUGCUCAUUCCCUGGGUCUAAAUAUCUAAGACCUGAAAGACCUGGAUCCGAUAAGACAUGAUUCAAAUCCGCCCCAUGCCUAGUCUAAGACAUGAAUAAGAAGUAACUUAAUUUAAAACAAAUAUUUAAUAAACCAAACUGCUCCUUGCUCUAACAACCCCCCAACCCCCCCCCCCCCCCCCCCCCUCCCUUAAGCUAAGCUUCAUAUAAUGAAUUUAGCUUACUUCCUACAGAGCAAACUCUAAGUCUGUUCUUCAUGUCUUCAAACGCUUCUCGCUUCAAUGGCUUCGUCAGGAUGUAUGCUGUUUGUUCCUGAGUUCCACAUUGCUUCAGCUUAAUAACUCUAUUGUUGACCAUCUCCCUUAAAAACUGAAAACGCAAAUCAAUGUGUUUGCACUUGCCAUAAAACACAAGAUUCCUUGAAAGUUGUAUUACCGACGUGUUAUCACAUAGGAUUGUUGUACUUGCUUCCACUUCAUAACCCAGCUCCUUAAGAAUGUGCCUGAACCAAAAAGCUUGGCAUACACACGCAGAAGCUGCUACAUACUCUGCCUCAGUGGUUGAAAGCGUCACUAUUGGUUUCUUCUUAGACGACCAUGCUACUGCUCCUCCAUCCAAUAAGAAAGCAUACCAGAGGUGCUCUUUCGACCAUCAACAUCUCCAGCGAAGUCACUAUCAGUGUAGACCAAUACUUAUCCAGGCUCUCCUCGCUUGUACCAUAUCCCAAAAUCCAUUGUCCCUUUCAGAUACCUUAACACCCUCUUAGCAGUCUGAAGGUGUAACUCUGUUGUUUUGCCAUGAAUCUACUCAUCAAGCUCACAACAAACUGCAGAUCAUGCCUUGUUGUGGUUAUAUAAAUGAGACUCCCAAUGACUUGUUUAUAGAUAGUCUCAUCUAUAUGUUCUCCUCCUUCAUCCAGAUCCAGCUUUUGUUUCGAAGUACAAUAGGGUUACAGACGCCAUUGCAGUCUUCCAUCUUGAAACGCCUUAGUAUCUCCAAAGCAUACUUGGACUGAGAAACAUGUAUACGAUCUGAUAACUGCGUAACCUCUAUCCCCAAGAAGAAUCUCAUCUUGCCUAAGUCUGUCAUGUCGAGCUCACUCUUCAUCGUCAUCUUGAACUCCUCCAUCAUUUAGUAAUCACUUCCUGUAUAGAUUAGAUCAUCAACAUAGACGCUUACGCUCAUUCUCUCCGGGUUGGAAAAGAUUCGUCAUCGAAUCUUAACCAUGGUCUUCGAUUAAUUUUCUUCCAAACAAAGAAACCUUCAAACCAUACAAAAUAUUUUUGACUUGUGUAAAGCCUCUUCAUUUGCCAAAAAAAUAUUCCAGUUCGAGACAUAUUAAAUAUCCUCGUUCCCUUCUUGCAAUUUACGGCAAAAUUGGAUGAUUCUUCGAAGACGUCUUCAUCAUUGUACAGUAGCAACAUAGCAUGGUCACAUAUGUUGAUCUUUCCAUGUAUGCCUGAUUUUGCCACAUAAGCUUGAUCGUCUAAAAAUAUCUCGCCAUCUUCAUCUUAAAUCUGACUUUCAUCAUCAAAAACAUCAAAAAUUGGAUCUCCAACAAUUUCUUUGUAGAAAAUUAAUUCAUUUUCCACAAACAAAUUCUCCAUGAUUCCAGAAUUGAGUUUUGAUUAAGAAACCAAAACACCAGCUCUGAUACCAAUUGAUGUUGUGGAAGCUACGAUACCAUAAAGAUCUUAUUUAGUCUAAGAAUACCUAAGAUCAAUGUUUUCUUGAAUUCGUUGAGAUCUUUAUAGAUCUACCGAAAACAAAGAAUGAAGAGAGAACUCUCAAUUUUAUUAACCAAAUCAUAAACUGAAUAAAAGCUUAAGCCUAGAUAUCUAUAUAUAAGAAAACCUUAAAACUCUAAAAUAAUAAGGAUAAUUAUCUAAAUAACUGAUAAACUAAAUAAUAAAUAUUUGAAAAUAUC